CGUAACGUUGGAAUCGACGUAAUCUGCUCUGGGUGUGACGAAUAACCGAAAAUCGAUCCGAAGAAAUGCAUUUGUCAUAACGGGUUUCGUUCUAAGAUUUUCCGAAUUCAGAUAGCUCGGUGAGAUUUAUUUUUUCAUUCGGAAAUUUAUCGGAGGUUCGGUGCACAUCGUGACGAGAAUUGCAAAAAGAUCUACGUGGAAAAAAAGCAACCUAUCAUUCGAGUUUCACGAUUAGCUUGGAUGUAAUUAUUUUAUGGAAACUCGGGAUAAUCUGGUCAGUUGGAGCCUUGAAUGAUAAAAAUUAAAUCGGCCAAGCAUAACUGAUAAACGUUAGUAACUUUUUUGAAGUUUAGAGAAGUUGACGAUGAGUCGAAGUUAAUAUACUUACGAUUCGAGGCAGACGCGCUCGCGGAUGGCGGGUUCGUAUAUUACCAAAAGUAAUACAACGACCCCCCGAUCGGGAGAACAAAAGAAAAAGAAGAGAACGGAUGAAAGAAUGAAAGGAGAAAAAAAAAAAACGUAUUGCGAUUCAAUAUCAGACCAGACUGAAUCUAGCAGUAGUAACAAGUAAAGUAAAAUUUUUUCUUUCUUUAUCAUCUUUUCUUAUUCUUUACACCAACUCGCAGUUCGAACAGCUGACAUAAAUCAAUAUCGCGUAUUUACCGCCAGUUGGGUACUAUAACAAUCUGCUGAGGUAGAAAGUUAGCCAGCAGUCAAGUCGUAUCAACUUUUUUCCCCCCUAUUUUCGCAUACAUCCGAUGCGCCGAUCUAAAAUUAUCGUAAAUUUUCUUUCGUCACGUUGCCAAGUGAUUUUUGAAAUAAUCGCUAAAGUAAAAUCUCCACGUAAUUUAUCGAGAGAUCGCUCGAGGGGAGAAAUCAGAUUUUAAUUUACUUCAACUUCGGAACACUCAAGUUUUGAUCAGGUGCAUAGAAGAUUUAAUGCGAGUUCUCUGACAAAAUCUGAUGAAAUCACAAAGGAAUUUCAAUACUCGAACAAUGGGGUAACCCGUCUUCGCUAAUCGGAAGACCGAAAACGCCGAUGCAACCAAUUAAUCGUAACGUGAUUACGCAUAGUUACGACUUCGAUCAGAUGCCUCAUCAACGUACACGCCGAACAGCUGCACAGCAUCUCGUAGCUACGUUAGCUACGCGCCGAUAGCAACUUCAGAGGGCACACGGCUGCGAAAUCCGGUUGUUAAUGAUACGGUACAGGGCAUGGUAAUAGCACGAAUAAUUAUCACAUACCGCGCGCGUAUAACGCAAUGGAAAUAUACACAGUUGUGGGAGAGUAUGACGCGCAUCGACGUCGAUGACGAUGUUCCGAGAGCUCGCUCAAAUAUCACUGUACGCGAAGUUGAAUGCGCCUAUGGCAUAUUGAUGCACGUCACGUUUAAUUAUCGAAUAGGUAAACGCGGUGUGAAUCCACCUGCCGCAGCCGUGACGCCUAGAAGGGGUGAAUUUGUGUUAAUAAAAUUCAUAUUUUGGUAAAAUAGGCGCGGGUAUAGCGAGCCCACCCACGGGCACAGUCGCGAUGAUCGCUUCAGAAUUAUCAUAUCGCUUCGCGGCGGUGGGCGAGAUUGCGUCGAAAUUCCUUCUUUAUUUCAAAACGCGAAAUAAUCCGCCGGUCGAACCUCGUGAAUCCAAAAUUAUUGUCCAUUAAAACGAAUUCGUAAGGGGUAUUGAACGAAAAUUCCCAUAGAUAAUUUUCAGCGCAAAACCUGAAUAGCGUUGAAUUGAUUUGUAGUCGAUCGGGAAUUCUAAUUGAUGGAAAAGUACUUGCAAUUAGCGAAAUAUUCGUCGAGUAUUCCUCGAUAAAAAGACUAAUCGAUAACCCGUAUGAAUGCGCCACCCUCGCACUCGAUCGCCGUGCGUGCGUGCGUGCAUCCGAGUUCGGUCGUUUGAACUUUACAGAAUAGAUCUGGAUAACCGUUCGUCGGCCGCUGAAAAACCGAACCGAGCUUUUGGAAUUGUAAUUUCUCGUUGAGGGAUUCACACAUCGCCUUACAACCGCGCGAAGAUGGGUCGGAAAAUGGGGGAUGAAGGGCGCACGGGGGGGUGAGAGGGUGCGCCGUUAGGGGCACCGGGGAGAUCCGGGAAGCGAGAGUCGAAAGAAGCAGAGGAGAACGAGAAAAGACGAUAUACCCAGAAGACGUGAGAGAGUAAAGGCUGAGGGUGAGGUAAGGGCGAAGCUCUGAUCGAGGGUGGCUACCGGGGGUGAUUUUGGUUUGCUAGCCGGUCGUCGCGACGCUAGCGCCGCGCGGGGAGUUCCAGUCCGAUAUCAGCAUUCGGGGUGGCUGCUUCGCACGCACCCUUUCGUGUCAACCGUCGUCCGAUAUUAAGCGAUAAAAAGUAAAGGACGUUCACCGAAAUUGCGCAAAACGUACCAAUCGUUGAUCGUUCGAACGAUCGUCCCCCGCUGUUCGUCGAUUAUCUUUGUCACGAACGAGAUCGUUCCUCAGCUAUGAUUCGAAUUAAUUUUAUUCCUCGUCAAUUUUAAGGAUAAAAAAAAUUAUUGAAAAGUGUGACGCUUCGGAGAUAGAGCGACUGAAUAUCCGGGUGUUUAUUCGUCAACGGUGGUGCCUACCUUUCGGUAUUUUUCCGUGAUCUGGUGCACGGGUGAAAAACCUAAACGAUGUUGCGAUAAAAGUUUCAUAAGAGGAGAUCCGGAGAAAGGAGAAAUCAAAUCUUUCGUCGACUAUCGGAUACAGGAUUUUCUUUUCAAUUCUUUCACUCGAGUUUUCACUUUUUAUAGAUAAAUUGAAGCAGACGCCAAAAGUUAUCGCCAGUUUCCGGCUACCCUGCAGUUGAAGUUUAUGACGUCGAGUGGAGCGCAAAAGUGGCAGCGAAGCACUUCAAUCAAAUGAAUUUAAUUAAACCUAUCCAACUUAUAACCACCUAAUCGACCUCUCCCAAUUUAAUAGAUAUGUACGCCGGUGAUCGCUAAAUUUGCAUUUAAUGGAUUAUAAAUGGCCGCUAAAUUCGACGCUCCGAUUAAAAUUAAUUGCUUGGAAAAUUAUUAAAUUAUCAUCAGACACCACGAUUCACGUUGCCGUCAAUCGUUGCUGUCGUUACCUUCGUCUCCGACCUCGCGAAAAAGCUCGCGUGCACCUCGAUGACUAUUUCAGAGAUCGCAGUGCCGGGAUUUAUGUGGCGUGACAAGUUUGAAAAGUGUUUGACGAAUUUACGUGGUACAACAGCCUGAAAAACGCCUCGAUUUCGAUCACCGAUGAAAUCGAAGACCAUGUCUCGUCGGUCGAACAACUCGAAGAACAAUCGUAUCAAGCGCGAGUUUUGAAUCGGAGAUAAAAGUAGGAGAGAAUAAACGAAACGAAAUACAUUCGGAAAUCGAGAUUCAGUGAUUACCGAUAAAGCGGAACGGGUAAAACUGGUUCGGUUGAAGAAAAUUUCCAAUUAUAAUUAGUGAUCCUCCGCGGGGGGUGAGUGGGCGGGAGUGAGCUAAAGUUUGGUUUUCUUAACGGAAGUGUGUUCCAGUAAAGUGAGAAUUCCGCAGUGUUUCAAAGGCAGAACCGGAACACAGUGGUAUACAGAGUUUCGGAGUUAACAUGGACGAGUAAUAAUGGCUGGAAUGAGUCUGCUGAACAUAGCCCUAGCGGUGCUAGGAGUUACGCAUCUCCUGCGAGCCGAAUCCGCACUGACUUCCUCGUCGUCGGCGGCGGGAUUGGCGUCACCGACGGUAAAAAGCACAGCCGGUUCGGGUCUUGCGAGUGUAGUGGCCGGAAGCAGCAAGCCAACCAGAAUAUCCGACAAGGCCUACUUUGACGACAUUUCGCCGAGGAACGUCACCGCGAUAGUCGGGCAGACGGCGAUCUUAAGGUGCCGUGUCAAACACCCUGGCGCCCGUACGAUCUCAUGGAUUCGCAAGAGGGACCUUCACAUCCUGACGUCGGCGAUAUUCACGUACACGGGGGACGCGAGGUUCACCGUAUCUCAUCCCGAGUCAUCGGACGACUGGGAUCUGAAAAUCGAAUACGUCCAACCGAGGGACGCUGGAAUCUACGAGUGCCAGGUCAACACCGACCCGAAAAUAAACUUGGCCAUUCUUCUCAACGUCGAAGAAAGCGCCCCCGUCCCCGCAACUGCGCCCAGCGCCGUUCACCGGAACUUCAACCCAGCUGCCCAGGCAAAAAUUACUGGACCAGAAGAUGUCUACGUGAAGAAAGGAAGCACUAUCAGCCUUACGUGUACCAUAAACGUUCACAGCACACCGCCGAGCAGCGUGUCUUGGCAUCAUGGCGUCGCGGUCGUCGAUUUCGACAGCCCGAGCGUUCAUCACAGGGGUGGCGUGUCACUGGAGACUGAGAAGACGGAAACUGGCACCACGAGCAAACUACUCGUGACCCAAGCGAGGCUGAGUGACAGCGGAAAUUAUACUUGCAUUCCUAGCAACGCCAAUCCAGCGAGCGUCAUGGUUCACGUGCUCAAUGGCGAACAUCCCGCAGCAAUGCAACAUGGCGGAAGCUGUGGCGUUACACCGACGUUGCUACUAGCAACUAUGACGUUAUUGGUAGCCAAUUUGCUGAGGUGAACAAUAUGUGAAUAAUACAAUAUUAAGAGAAAAAUCACGAUUAUAAAAUAUUAAAUCGAUAUUGACCGCGGACUGAAAGGUGGAAUAUAAAUGUUAUCGAGUAGUAGAGAAUACGGCGUCAUAUGCAGUGCAGAUAUUCCAACGAAACGUUGACUCGGAAAAUGCAUAUUUAAAAAUUGUAUUAACGAUGUAAUAGAAGAAAAUUUGAAGAAAAAAAAAAGAAAACUCUAGUAAUCUCGUGAAUAAUCACGAUAGUUCAUUCCGAAGAGACAAACAAUAUCUAAUGAAGCGGCAAAUUAAUAUAAUUAUAAAGUAAAUCGUAAAGUAUACAGUGAAGGGAUCUCACAGUGAACAGUGCGGAGUGGAGUAGGUCACAGUGAAAUUUGUUGAUAUACGUUUCAAAGGAAAGGAAGAAUACACAAAUGAAACACGGAUGGAUAAUUAAAUUAAUGGAUGAAUAAAUUUGGUCAAAAGUGUAAUUAAAGUACUGUAAGUAUGACGCGUGUGUAUGAUAUAAUAGGUAGACAAUAUUAAACCAUUCGAUAUAUACUAUGUAUACAGUAUACGUAAUAAGGGAUAAAAUUGUAUGUACGGUACGUGUGGUGAUUUAGGGAUAGAUUAUAAUUACAAGAUAACAUGUAACGUAACUUAUACGUAGCCUAAUACCGUUUAUACAGUUAAUCUAACCUGAGGGUAUAGCAGCUGGUAUAUCCGCAUCCGCAAAAUUCGUGCUAAUAUGUAUAAUAGCAUAAUAAGGUUAUCAUACACACGUAUGGCUGCAGAGGUGUACCCGAGCCAAAAUCCAAACUGGAAUCACCGGGUCAAGAAUACGAAAUUCACCGUUCGAUCGGACGACUCCGCGGAUCGAUCGCUCGCUCCUCCAGAAAUUAGCACGACUCCGUAACCGCAGAAUUAUUGUCGGCUGUCGUUGUAUUAUUCGAUAAUUUAUCGUUUCUUUGAUUCGUUCGUGUAUUCGUCGAAGCUAAUCUCGACGAUGGUAUGUGUUCAAAAUUACAUAUUUACAAUUAUAAUUACACUCGUUCGCUUCGAUAAAUUCAUUGAGCGAAUUACAAUAGAUCUCUUAUCGUUGGAAUAAUCGAAUUACUGUAUCUUCCCGCAAUCAAACUGACAUUUAAUUAAUCACGGAUCAAAAACAAUCAAAUUAACGUUUGUAUUUCAUUGUCGAAAAUAGGAUGAGCUGUAUUAAAUAGCGAAAUCAACUAGGUAUAUAACUGUUGUAUGAUAAACAUAUAUAUAUUAUAUAAACGAUAUGAUAUGAUAUGAUAUUGACGGUAUGAGUAUAAGCAUGCGAAUAACGAGGGUACAGUACAUAAAUAUACAUAUAAACGCAUAAAUAUUAUACAUAUUACAUAUUAUAUUUAUUAAAAACGUUAGUGAAUUUGAUAUUAACGAAUUAAAAAGGCCUAAUGGUGAUUAAUUUUGAAAGUUGUUAUCGUUCGGAGAGAAACCAACAAAAAAAAAAAAAAAAAGAAAGACAAGAAAAAAUAAUUGAUCAAACGAAUUAAAUAUAGAUAAAUCGAUAAGCAAAAUCAAGGAGGGAUGAAAUCAAGUAAAACCAUGUUAAACGUAGCAGAACGGAUAAAAUUUCUAUCGAGGUCAGGCGAAAAGUACUCUUGUCUGUUGAAAGAAAAAUUAAAAAAUGUUGAAAUUAACAAAACAAAUAUAUAUAUAAAUAUAUUAGACUUCAACUUUGAAUAGUGAUAUAUAUAAUAUAAUAACUUAUAGAAAUAAAUAUAUUUACUGUACGGUAGUUAUAUUAUUAUAUAAAUAAUAUAAUUAUAUAUAAAUAUUAUAAGUCGACAUCGUUGAUAUUGAUAUUCGAUUGAACUAAAGCAAAGGAAUUAAGACGAAAACGGUGGAACAAGCAGAUAGAUUUCACCAUCUUAGAAUCUGAGUGAGAGAAGAAUCACAUGAACGACGCGUUAAAAAUUUAUCAUUCAAACUAUACGUUAACGUAAUUUUUAUCGUUACUUUCAUUGUAACUAUCAUUAUAUACAUAGACGAAUAAUGGCGUAGGUAUUCCGUUGAUUUUUGUACAGAUAUUUUCAACCAUCGCGAGAGGACAAUAUCGAA